UUUUCUCUUUCUAUUUCUUCUCCACACACCACACACACACACACACAUACACGUAUGUAUGUAUAUACUGUGAAGUUUGCAACUGCUAAGUUUUAUCCAUUUUGUUCCACAUGCGUGAGAGGUAUUUGCGUACCUCGUAAGUAGAAUUACAGUGACAAUUCAGUUGACAAACGUAGAAAUGUUGAUGCGAGCUUCCACAAUCGUUUACCGGCAAGUUCUGCUAAAAUCAAGUGUAUUUUCACAGGAAAUUGUUACACAUAGGCAUAUCCAUUUAGUUGCUAAGGGACAGAACAUUUUUAGAGGCAAUAUUUUACUGGAUUUGCAUAGGAACUGCAGAAUUACAGGAAUCUCUCUAAUCCGCUAUGCUAGCACGGAUGAAACACCAUUACUAACACCAUUAAAAACACCAUUGGAAACACCAUUGGAAACACCACUGGAAAUACCACCGCAAACAACAUCAACACCAAUACCACCAUCACAGAAUAAUCCAUACGAUGAAAUACCAGAUCCACCAACGCCAAUUCAGGAAAUUAUAGAAAAUAUUGUGAAAGUACAUCCGAAUGGAGAACCGACAUUUGAGAGCCUGGGAUUGGGUGGUUGGACUCCAACAGGGAUUGUAGAGAAUUUAUUAGAAUUUCUGCACAUAAGUUUAGAUAUGCCAUGGUGGUUGACAAUUGUUACAGCUACUAUUUGUGCAAGGAUUCUUGUGUUUCCUUUAAUAAUAAAAGGGCAAAAAAAUACGAUUAAAGUUACAAAUCACUUGCCAGUGAUACAAGAGAUGCAGAUGAGAUUGACACAAGCUAGAACUUCUGGUGAUCAUUUGGAAACUGCACAGGCUGCGACAGAAAUGAUGAAAUACAUGAAAGAGCACGACAUUAGUAUGUUUAAGAAUAUGAUGACGCCAUUAAUUCAGGCGCCAGUGUUUAUCUCCUUCUUUUUUGCACUGAGAAAAAUAGCGAAUUUACCUGUAGAAAGUUUGAAAGAAGGUGGUUUUUUGUGGCUAAAGGAUCUCACGGUAUAUGAUCCUUAUUAUAUAAUGCCGAUAGUUACCAGUGUGACAUUUUUUAUCACAAUCGAGCUUGGUACAGAUGGUGUCAACCUUCAAGCAAUGGGCUUGUUUCGAUAUGUCUUACGAGUUAUGCCAUUUAUCAUAUUACCGUUUAUGCUACACUUUCCUGGUACUGUUGUAACGUAUUGGGCGACAACAAAUGUUAUUUCUCUGGUGCAAGCUAGUAUUCUAAAACAUCCACGUAUAAGAAAAGCUCUCGAUAUGCCUACUAUAGUACGGCGCCAAACUCCAGCACGUACUAAUAACAAAACCUUCAUCAAAGAAUUCAAAGAAUCUUGGACAAACUUGAAGAUAACGAAGCAAUUAGCUGAUAGAGAACGAGCAGAUAUAGUACAGUUUAAUAGCGCUGGUAAGGGUCCCUUAGUGAAAACAUUCAAAUAUGAUCCAACAAAACAAAAGCAAUCGGCAACAGUCCUUACGAAAAAUAGAGAAUAAUUUAUAAUAAAUGUGCCUGACUACGCAUUGUACAGCACAAUAAAUCAAUUUGCAAUUAUAUAUUAUAACUAUAAUAAAGCCAGUCUUAUUUUACAUAAAA